AGAACUAAACAACAAUAUAACCAAAAUGGCUCUCUCUUCCAAGACCCUAAAGUCAGCUCUCUUCUUCCUCUCUAUCUUCUUCCUCUGUAUCUCCCUAAUCCUAGCUCACGGCGGCUCAGAAGACGAAGAGGAGGAGGCUGCCGCGGCCAAACAACCACCUCCGGCCACCGGAACAGCUGUCGUGGAUCUCCGGUCGAAAAGCUUGGUUCUUGUGAAGAUAUACUGUCUUAUAAUACUCUUCUUUAGCACAUUUUUGGCGGGGAUUUCUCCUUAUUUUUACCGGUGGAACGAGUCGUUUCUCCUUCUCGGAACUCAGUUCUCCGGCGGUAUAUUCCUAGCGACAGCUUUGAUCCAUUUUCUCAGCGACGCAAACGAGACUUUUCGAGGGUUAAAACACAGAGAAUAUCCUUACGCCUUCAUGUUAGCAGUCGGUGGAUAUUGCCUUACGAUGCUCGCAGACGUGGCGGUUGCGUUUGUAGCGGUUGGAAGUAAUAAUAACCACGGCGGGGCUGGCGCCGGAGAUUUGAGGGUGGAAGAUGACGUGGCGGUGAAGGAAGAAGGCCGUCGUGAGAUUGGAAGAGGUGUGGAUGUGAAUCAAGCAAUCUUACGGACAAGUGGAUUUGGAGACACAGCUUUGCUGAUUCUUGCACUUUGUUUCCACUCUGUCUUUGAGGGAAUCGCCAUUGGUGUCUCAGAUACUAAAAGUGACGCUUGGAGAAACCUAUGGACAAUCUCCAUGCACAAGAUCUUCGCGGCUGUAGCAAUGGGAAUAGCUCUCCUCAAGCUAAUCCCUAAACGACCAUUCUUCCUUACCGUAGUCUACUCCUUCGCAUUUGGGAUAUCGAGUCCCUUAGGGGUCGGGAUUGGCAUUGGAAUCAAUGCCACCAGCCAAGGAGCUGCCGGUGAUUGGACCUACGCAAUCUCAAUGAGCAUUGCAUGUGGAGUCUUCGUGUAUGUUGCGGUUAACCACCUUAUCGGAAAAGGGUAUAAGCCUCGUGAGGAGUGUUACUUCGACAAGCCAAUCUACAAGUUUCUUGCUGUCUUGCUUGGCGUUACUUUGCUCUCUAUUGUUAUGAUUUGGGAUUGAUUUUGUUGACACCUUAGUUUCAUUAAUUUUAUUCCAUUUUCUU